CUCUUGUUUUGGUUGCCACAACUGAGGCGGUGCUUGGAGUAAAAGGGACUGGGCAAUGUCUGACACUUUGAGGAGACUGACAAACACCUCUUCAUUCAGUGUGUUACAGGACAAGCUCGAAACCUGGCACAGCGACUACCACACCCUCUCCUGUGACCAGAAUUUGAACCGAUGCUGUGAGCUGAUUGAGCUCACCGCUAAAAUUCAAAGCCAACUCUUUGCUAUUCUCAACCAGACAGCUACGGAAGGUGGACAAUAUGGUGGAGUGGACACCCUCAAAUCACGUCUUCUGCCAUGGCUUGGAAGCUGUUUUUCUAUGGCAAAACCAUCAGUUUCUGAUGACACUAGUCUACAGCUUAUGCAGGACUCAAUGGAGAAAGACAGGAAACUCCGGGAGCUUUCUUUGUGCCAUGACAGUGACAUGCAAAAGAUGGAGGCUCAGUUGUGCUCCACACGAAUACAAUUAGACUCAGUUAGAGUGGAAUUGGCUGAAGCACAAAAUGAACUGGAUGACACUAAAAACAAGUCUGCAACCACUUUACUGGCAACAGAAGAUGAGAUUAUACAACUCAGAGCAGACUUGCGUGCGGCACGCGAUGAAGUGGAGAUCUAUAAGAGGAAGCUGAGCGCCAUUGAUGACUAUGAGAGACAGAUACAUUUACUUAGGGAUGAAGUGUCUUACCUCACCAAAGAGAAGGCCCUACUGCAGGAAAGGUUGGUCCGGAGCCGCUCCCCCAGUCCUCUGCCCAGGCUGAGCCGCACAUCUAGUCCCAUUCGGAGUGAGUCUCCGACCCGGGCUCAGCUUACUCACUCAUCUCGACACGCUCGCCUUGUCUCUCGCUUCAGUGACCUCUAUGCCGUGGAGAGACUGGAGGCACAGACUAUACUGCGACGCUAUGUGGAUGAUUUAGAUAUGGUCCAAAAAAUCAUCUUCAUUGCUGCUGUGGAAUCCUUCAGAGUAGCGAAGCUGGCGUAUUGUCAGUUCAAACUGCGAGUGAGAAAGACUCUGGCUUCAACUCACUUUGGUCCUGAGAGUCUGGAGGAUGCAGCUGUCGACUACAUCGUCCGAAAUCUUGACUUAUAUGACGUACAAGCCAGCGUGAAUGAUGUGAUCAAUGCCAUGAAUGUGAAUCCUCGCAUCUCGUUCCCUCCAGAGACAGACUUUGUGCUCAUCAGUACUCUGAUCAGAGAGACCUGCAGAGCGGCCUUUGCCAUGCAGACACUGGAGCCACCUCUUGAAUUAGCCUUCGCGAGUGACGGGGAACUGUACAAUGAAUUCAGGUAUCGUCGCAGCUAUGACUCUGAGUUUUCUGCUCCUCUGGUCCUGUACCAUGUGUGGCCAGCGUUAAUGGAAGGAAACAUUGUACUAGUGAAGGGUGAAGCUGUUACUCGCAGAGGUGCUAUGUGGACUAGAAGCCGCAGCAGGAGUAGGAGUGCCAGCCCAGUACGCUCUAGAUCUCUCAGUCCAUCUCGCAGCCUUGCAUAUUACAGCCGAACGAGCCUCUCUCCUGGACAACUAAGAUCUAGCCACUUGUGAUCACCAACCUCUCCAUUCUGCUGUAUGGAGUAUUACCAAAGCACAAACAAAUAAAGUGGUAUUUUGGUUCUUGUGCGUUAAAUUUUAUACCAAAAUUGCAGCAUGUUUGUCACAGCUCCCCAAAACAUGGCAGCU